AUGUGGCUCCUGGAGCGGCUGCGCGGCGUGGCGGAGAACGGCGGGUCCCGGGGCACGGGGCCAGAGGACUCCCCACGGGGAUCCCGCUACAGCAAUGUCCUCACCCCUGACAAGAUCCCCGACUUCUUCAUCCCACCCAAGCUGAGUGCAGCACCCGCCGAGGGCCCCGAGACCCCCGCGGCGCCCACCCUGGGCCCCUCAGCCUCCGAGCAGGACCUGUCUGGCCGCAAGACCCCGCGCAGCCCCCGACCAUCCAGCCGGUCCCGGUCGCGGGCCACCAGCCGCCACAUCAUCCAGAUCGAGAGCGCCGAGGACGGGGCAGCCGAGGGGAGCUUCGGCACCAACGUGGACCCGCAGUCGCAGACGGCCAUGUCCCUGCCCUACGUGCCCAAGGCGCAGACCUCCUACGGUUUCACCACCCUGAUGGAGAGCCCCCACACCAGGCGCAAAGAGUCUCUCUUCCACAGCGAGCACAGCAGCCUCUGCCCUUCGCCUGUCACCUCGCCCAGCACCCAGCGCAGAGCCAAAGUCAACGGCGAGAGCCGGCCCCGGACGCCUGCCGACUUGGGCGCAGCCCUCAUGCACCCCGGCCGCUACUUCAGCGGUGGCGAGAGCGACACCGGCUCCUCGGCCGAAUCCUCGCCCUUCGGCUCCCCGCUGCUCUCCCGCUCCGUCUCCCUGCUGAAGAUCUUCAGCCAGGAGAGCCAGUCCAAGGUCAUCAAGCUGAAGCACUCGGUGGCCCGCAACAGCUCCCUGUCCACCGACGACAGCUCGGCCGACACCAGCCCCAGCGCCCAGCGCCGCUCCAGGAGUGCCCCGGCCGGGGGGCAGCCACCCACCGCCCUGCUGCCCCUGGACCUGCCACCGGGCUGCGACCGGGAGCACAGCCUGCGGCUCAGCCGGGGCGGCAGCCUGCGCCUGGCCGCCGAGUACGACCCCUCCAACGCCCGGCUGCGUGUGCGGCUGGUCUCUGUCGAGGACCUCUACGAUGCCUUGGUCGACCCCCGUAGCAUCAACUGCUGCGUCUCGCUGUGCCUCAACCCCGGGAAGCUGCAGAAGCAACGCAGCACCAUCGUCAAGAACAGCCGCAACCCCGUCUUCAACGAGGACUUCUUCUUCGACGGGCUGGGCCCUGGCCACGCCAGGAAGAUGUCCCUGAAGCUCAAGGUGGUCAACAAAGGCAGCAGCCUUAAGCGGGACACGCUGCUGGGGGAGAAGGAGCUGCCACUCACCUCCCUCCUGUCCUGCCUGUAG